GAAACGUUGUUUUUUAACAAUGCGUUCGUCAGUUGUGUUCUGGCGUUAGAGUAGUGAGGGCAGUGAAGGAGUAUGUGUGUAGUGUCUUCUUUUUUUCCGCAUCCAUGUAACCAUUCUGGAUUAAUGUCCAUGUCCCAUUUCCUUAAAGUGUUAUUAAGUUUGCAGUGGCCACUUCUGAGCCUAAAAAGUGCUGUCUGGAUCUUUCUUCUUUUGUGGGUGUGCCAAGGGCACAUGCCCAUUCUCUGACGGUUGAUCACUCCAGUGUUGCAGUCUUUCAGCUACAUUUGGAAAGUGGCUCAACUGGUGACCUACGUUUUUGUGGCGUUUGGCGUUGGCUGGAUUAUCUGCUGUUGCAUUGCCGUGUAUACCUGAGUGGCUUGGUAUUGUGUGGCUGGCUGUCCAUUUGAAGUUCCUGAUUGCCUCUAUGGCUGCUUUGGAGUCGCAGUAGAUGGUGAUCAUGUUCCAGUCUUGGUGGUAUGAAGAAUGCGCAUGUUGACUUCCUGCUUGUCAUGCUUGUGGAUCAAUCCGUGUAUAUGGACAAGUGGUCUGGUGGUUCAUCUUUGUUGAUUGCUCUGAAGGUUGCUGACGUAAGGUGAGUGUUUUGUUUUGCUGCUGUUUUGCUCAUAGGGAACAUUUCGACGGGGAUAGAAAAUAGUUGCCAUGGUGCUAUGGGAUCCGUGUGUGGUUGAUCGGAUGGUUUGUUUCUUGGAUGAAUUUUGUAUGAUAGCUUUAGCUCUCUUAGGUGGCGAACGAUUGAUGGGGUGCUUCUGGUUUUCCACUCCUUGUUAGAUUUUGACAGAUAGUAGAUUGUUGAGUAUGCUGGAUUCCAUGGUUUGCUGCAUAGCUUCAUUAGGUACGUUUUGGCUAGUAGGUCCCAUCUUUCUUGGAUAGAAGUUAUUCCUGUUUCUGCCUGCAUUAGUGCUAUGGGGGUUGAUCUCAUGCCUCCUUGGAUGAAUCUUAAUAUGCUGUUUUGAGUUGUUUCUAGUUUUUGGAUUCUUGUUUUCGGGGCUGAUGAGAUGACUGCGGCUCCAUAGUCUAUUUUGCUGCGGAUGAUUGCUGUAUAAAUACGGAGGAGGGGGGUAGUUUGCAGCGGGUGUUUGCCAUAGGUGACAGCUGCGCAUUUGGGGGUUGAGAGUUCAAGUUUCCAGUGUUUGGUCCAGCUGUCUAUUAUGUCGAGGGACGUUUUGCAGCCGGCUACUGGUGGUGGAAAGUCAGCCAUCAUGAUAUUGAAGAAUAUCCGGCUUAAGACGCACCCUUGGGGGACGCCUCUAUUAAGAUAUCUUUCUUCGGACAUGUUGUUUUCCAUUUUGACAGUAAUACUUCUGUUGGUUAGGAAGUUUUGGAGCCAAUUAAGCCUUUUUCAGAUCCAGGAAUACUGCUGUGGUGGAUUUCUUUUCAUUGAAGCCGCUGAUGAUAUCGGAUUCGAGACGAACUAUGUUAUCGUUGGUAGUGCACCCACUUCUGAAGCCUGUUUGGAAUUUUGGGAGAGGCAUGAGGUCAGCGAAAUUGGCCUAUACGAGUCGGUAUCUUCUGGAGGUUUAUUUGGCUUUAGGAUUGGGAUGACAAUAGCAGUUUUCCAGUCGGUGGGAUUCCUCAGGAUGACCAAAUCUUCUGCAUAGGGCUGGUCUUGGGAUAAAUUGUUUAACCUGGAAUAUUUCGUGGGCUACUACUACUUCCCGCGGGAGAGAUGGUGUGUUGAAGAAGAGUUUAACCGUUUGGGAUGGUACUUUGGUCCCAUCAUCUGACAUGGAUGAAAAUCUUUGGGUUUUAGUGACUCCCUGAUCUGCCAGAAGUUCCGCGAGUUCUUCAUCUGAGUUGUUGAUUGGUACGUUACGAAUGAUCCCCCUGAUGAUGGAUUCGGACAUAGCUAAUGUGCAAUAGAUUUGGAAUUCUUUGACUGAUUUGAGUUCUAAAAGUUAUUUUUUCUGUCCGUUGGUUGUCGGGUAGAUAUUCAGGUCGCCCCGAUGUGUCCAUUUGGUGCCUUCUCUAAGGGGCCCCACGAUGUUUAUCAAGGCAUUUAUGAAGUGUUUUUUCUCUGUUAGGCUUAAUAGGGUGAAUGCUUUGGGCUCGCAUGUUAAAUGGAUGAUGACAGGUGCUCCGCUGAUGGGUUGAUCAAAAAGGUCGGAGAAUCUGGGGUGGAUUCGUCGUGCACUGUGGUUAUCCGAGAUUUUUUUCCUUUUGUUAUUACACUCCUCUACUUCCAUAGAUUGGUCGAUGGCACUGGAUACA